AUGAUAGUACUCGUAUUGCUGCUGGCCAUCUCUUCUGCCCAGUCUCAGAACGACACGACCCCGGCAGUCAUGACAGAAGCCCCCACAACUGCCCCUGCUGCUGCCGUCACUACAGCUGCCGCUGCAACAACUGCGCCGGCCAUGCCCGUUCAAAAGCUUGUCGGCUCCCUGACCGCUAGCGGAGAAACAGAUGGCAGCCGUUUCACCCAACUACAGAACGAGAUGACAGCGCUACUUGUGCAGUCUUUCACCGGCCCCAACAGCGAGCUGGCCACCAUCUUUCGCGGCAUCGAGGUCGAAAACGUCACCUUCACCGUCAACUUCCGGUUGGUGCUGGACAAGAACGUGAACGGAAGUGACGUCAACGGGACGGCGGCGGCCGCGGUGCUUCUCGGGAGUUUGUCGAACUCUGGCAUGCUGGGAAAUUUUAUGGUUGGGAAUGAUGGCGUGUAUUUCUGGAUGCCCACGAUUCCAGAACCAACCGAACCGCCUUUUGAGAUACCGUACUGGGGCCCUGCAGUGGCCAUUGUGGCCAUGGUAGUGAUUUUUAUAGUUCUAGUGAUUGUGGCUGCCUGUUACGUCAGGUUUAAAACAGAGAAAGCGACACCGAUGCGCUACGAGGAAGAUUUUGCAGAGUUGUAGAGAAUUUAUUUCGAAUGUUUUUCUUACACCUGUGAUUCUUUCACCAGAUAGUUAGAGCUAUCACAAUCGAUGAGUAACAAAAAGUAGACCGACCGCUCAACGACUUUUUCUAGAUUUGGGAAAAGUAGAAUUUGGGCAAAUGGCUGAAUCAUUUGCCAGACGAUGGAUGUUUAAAACUCAUUUGUCAGUUAACUCCUAUGGCAAAUACAGAAAAUGGUGGUAUUAUAAUAUUAAGCUCUUUGUAAAGUAUGAUUGUAUAGGUUGUAGCAGUGGGAAUAGGCCAUUUAGAGUAUACUCUUGCUUAAAAAUUAUUAUAGGUCUUAGCGUUUAGAAUUUUUACUCUGUGUCACAUACAUACAUAUCGUUCUUUUGGUGUGUGGUGUUAAUUCAGGAAACUAUUGUGCCAUAUUUUCAUAUGUAGGUUUUGACAUUACUAUCACGUUACUAUAGCGUCUAGUCAUUAUUAUUAUAUAUGAGAAUUGUUUCUGUACUCAGUAAUUUGAAUUCAACUUGUACAGCUCUUGCAAUUGAUUUUCUUUAUAAAACGUAUAGUCUGGACAAUUGGUGAAGAAUAUAGCUAUAAUUUCUCAGUGAAAAAAAGAACAAAACUUGAACCCCCUGUUUAUACUUUGUUAAGGUUUUCUUUAUAUUGUUGUGAAUAUUUUUCGUUAUGGGUCUUAGCACAAUGUGUAAUCAGUGAAAC